AUGGCGACCGUAGCACCGGAAAGUUCAGAGGACCUCCGAGAAGUGACCGGCGCUCGAGAUUUCGAGCCUCAUCAAGCGACCGAAUGGGGGCGUCAGACUCUCGACGAGCCAACGCCGCUGGAUAAUGGGGUCGCCGACGUGGCUGAGACUGAGAAAUCGACUCGCAGCAGUUUCUCUCAUUGGGAUCCGGAGCCGGGAUUUGCUCACGUCGAUGGAGAUAUCGGUGGUUCGGGCUUGAAUGAGACCAAAGUCGACAUUAUUGCCGUGCCUUGCAUUGGAGCACCGCCUGUCGAAACAUGGGUGCGGGACCCGUUACCUACCAAUGGCUACUUUGGAGGGCCAUCGCGAGCGGAUAUUGAGAGGGACCCAAGCACGUUUGCGAAGCCAGUCCUUGAAAGCAGUGUUCUGUCUCCAGCUAUUGACCGGCAUCUGCCCAAGGCGCAACAUCUGUGGAUACGCCAUGGCAUCAAGAAAGAAGUCAACACGGCUCGUGUCUUGCUGUACAGACAUCGCAAGCUGUAUGAAGGGCUGACGCUGGAUGAGAUGGCCGAUGAUCUGCUAAAGCAUAUCUGUCAGAUGCGCGAGGGCACUCCCGCCUCUCGGCCGUUUUUCUUCAUCUGCCACAGCAUCGGUGGACUGGUUGCCAAGUUAGCUCUUGUCAAAGCGAGCAAGAUGGGGAAUAUGCGGUGGAUCAUCUUCGACUGUCACGGCAUGACUUUCUUUGCUACGCCCCAUCGAGGCUCCAGUUACAUGUCCAUGCCAAACUUGAGAGAAAGCAUGCAGCACCUGCUCGAUCUUCCGCAACCUCUGCCAAGAUCAAUAACAGACGGUUUGCGCCUCAACCACAGGUCCUUGCUUGACAUGCAUGACGUCUUCACAGAUAUCGCCAGUGAGAUGCACAUCUGGACCUUCUAUGAGACCAUCGACUCACAGCUCUCUGGUUUUGGCGCCGGAGAUCUAGAUGAGGUCCACUUCAGUGCCCCAAUCGCGUCCAUUAAGUCGAGCAUAGUUGGAAGCCGACACGAACAGGCCUUGUCCUUGGAAAGCGACCACGCACGUUGCCCUUCUUUCGGCAUAAACAAUAUCUCGACGAUGCACUCGUAUCUAAUAGAUCUGGGCAGGGCCGUAAGAAAAGCCCAGGAACUCAGCUCCAAGUGGGUGCAUACGCCCCUGAAGCUGGCCGACAACGUCAAGUUAGAGUUGAUCGGGUUUUACGACGAUCCUGAUCCGGAUUCAGAGUCUGAUGUCAGACUCUACUCCUCCAAGCACUACCUCAAUGAGUUCCUGGAUAAAGGACCCGAAAAUUGUCUUCGGGAAAGGCUGAACACAGUUGCCGCAAAACCACGUCGCCUCACUCUCCGCCCGUCUCAACUCCCGUCCUCCAGUUCCAGUGGUUUUCAUCUCAGUUCUGGUGCCCUGGGAAUCUGGAGUACAAUGCAAGAUAUGGGCCAGAAGCUCUUCAAUGGACCUCCCUCUAGAAGUCAGGUCCGCAGCCCUGAUCGAGCAGGGAGGCCCGGGUCCCCGCAGAUUGUGGUUACAAGCGAUGGGCUUUCACGUCCACCUCCCGUCGGUGCAUCGAACUCGAUGCCCGCUUCGGUGCCCAGCCGUAGUCGGGGCCUUACGGUGCCUUCGCUGUCUACCCCUGGAUUUAAUCGUCCUUCUCGUAGCAGCAGCUUGAGCAAAAGGACAGAUAGUAAUGAGACUGCGCGAACCCUGUCUGAUCCCACCGCGACUGAUGUUUCUCCACGAACUGUUGGCCCAGUCCCUAUAGACCAAUCGGUCACUCAUGAUGCUGCCCCGGGGCUUGAUGAGAACGACUACGACCCUGGUUCGAAAGUAAGGGGUCACCACGUUAGUCAAGCGUCGGCAUUGGAGGACUUGACUGCCGGUUUCUCGCGACCGGAUCCGAAUAAGAGGAAGUUUAUGUGGAUCCAUCUGCCUUUCAAUAACCCUCAUUGGGUUAAGAGUAUCUUUGAUAAGCUCUCGGAAACCCAGCAUCAGAGCUACUCCAAGCUUCUUCAGAAUGAUUACUGGGUUAAUCGGCAGGUUCAAGGUAGACAUGCACAGGCGCAUGCCUCCUACGUCAAACCUGGUUGCGGGUUUGUUGCAUCCGAAUCACACUCGCCACGGCCAUCUUCCCCGAGUUUCAGCGGUCGAAGUAGCCCUACUCCCUCGCCGACGCAUUUGUAUCUGCAUCUCCCCUACUUGCAUUUCGACACAUACAUCAACAUAGUCCGGCGACGAAAUAUCAUCAAACGCCGACUGAGACACGGCAGAGCUAGACCCGUGCCCAAAAAUGUCGCCGAAAAGGAAUCACUGGAGUUGCGCGUCAUCUGGGAAUACGUCGGCCAUGAUCCUCCGUUUAACACUCGCAGGACGUUGGACCAGUACGGGUAUCCCUCCCUGCAAGACACGUAUGCGCGAGAUGACGAUCAGAUUCUGUAUAAGCUCACUAAGGAGCAAGUGACGAUGCCUUUCUCCGACAAACGCGACAUAUUUGGGACUCGGGCAGAGAAGCAAGACGCCAAUUCAGCGACGUCGCCUGCUAGCAGGCUGGAGUCCGUUGCUAACAAGCUCGUGAAUGCGGAUGUCCUCAGCCGCCUGGACUCGGACUCGGACUCGGACUCGGAUCUCGAGGAUGAUAUACUUGAUGGCAACGUCUUGAUGGUGGACCAGCUUUGGCUUUGGGCGGUGGAUACGACUACUUUGACGACAUUCUUCCCAAAGAGAGAGUCGCAUCCUACAGAGGGGCCUAUGUUCCAGCAGGCAGAUCUCAGGAACAGCGUUUACAACGAGCUCAAUGGAGAUUUGACUGGACGCUGCGAGAACGCUUUGGACCUGGCUGCUUUCAUCACUCUUCACGCGGUCACGGUCUUAUUGGAUAGGACCUCACAUCCUGACCUGGAGAUCUUCCGCAUCUUCGAAGAAGCCAUUGGUGUUUUGAUCGAGCGCAUGACGUCCUCCCUGAAACGCUUUCGCAUGCAAACCUUCCGCGACAAAAUGCAAGAUUCGGACUCCUCCGACAUGGAAGAAAACCGCUCCUCGUCCAUCAAGAAGCGACACAAACGCGAACUCGAACAAGCCGAGCGCGAGAACCGCGAACACACCUCGGCCGUUUUAGAAUUGCGCGAUAUGGACGACGAGCUCAACACGAUGAAGAAGCUCUUCGAUCAGCAGACCACUGCCAUCGAGGACAUGCGCGCCCUGUACGACAAGCCCGAAUUACAAGAACAUACCCACAACGGGCAGAAGUUCCUUGACGAGGCGCUGAUUAGGCUGGAUGAGUAUAGGAAACAAACGACCGACAUGCUGGAGCGCAUCGACACCACGCGAAAGGACUACGAGAAGUUGCUUGAGAUGGUGCAAAGACAAGCACAAGUAGAUGAGGUGCGGUGGUCGCGUCUGCAGACCGAGUUGGCUAGCACACAGAAUCUGUCGGUCAUGAUAUUCACCACCUUCACCGUUAUUUUCCUCCCGCUGAGCUUUUUUACGAGUCUUUUCGGCAUGAACACCAAAGAAUGGGGCGGCGACGACGGGAAUAAAAACGUAACCCUCGGCACCAUCGGAGCCAUUUCCCUACCUUCCUCGGCGUUUCUGAUAGCCGCGAGUUUAGUAGCUGCUUUCAGCAGCCGGGUACAAGCCGCCUUCAGAGCAAUAUUCAAGUACUCCCGCUCCGGGGUAGAGAAAACGAAGGGGAGAUUGGCGAGGAUGAGGACGAAGAAGGCGAAGGAAGCGAAGGAGAAGAGGAGGAAGAUGAGGGAGGAUAUGGCAGCUAGACGGCGGAGAAAGAAGGAGAGGGGAUAUGAUUUCUGGGAGCAGGUUAGGGAGGAGAGGAGGAGCGAGUAUCAGAUUCCCGAGCUGAAUCGGAAGACGGCUAUUCGGCAGAGGUUGGAGUGA